GUUAUAGAUCGCUCGCGCGAACUAAGGGAAGUUUGGAAACCGCUUGCCGAAUAGUUUCUUCAGAGCCUCCACUCUCCACUGAUCUUGUUCCUUGUCUAUUUGUUCUAUUAACUGAAACCCUAGAGCCAAUGGAGUUCUCUCAGGAUGAUUUCGAUCGGCUUCUGAUGUUUGAGCAUACUCGAAAAUCUGCCGAAGCAACCUACGCCAAGGAUCCUCUCGAUGCCGAUAAUCUGACAAAGUGGGGCGGAGCUUUGAUUGAACUGUCGCAAUUUCAGAGCGUUCCAGAUGCAAAAAAUAUGUUAACUGAUGCCAUUUCGAAGUUGGAGGAGGCUUUGGUGAUAAAUCCUGCCAAGGCUGACACUCUAUGGUAUAUUGGAAAUGCUAAUACCUCUUAUGCAUUUCUGACUCCUGACCUUGCUGAGGCCAAAGUGUAUUUUGACAAAGCUUCUGAUUACUUCCAACAAGCUGUAGAUGAGGAACCCAGUAAUGAUCUCUAUCGCAAAUCCCUAGAAGUCACUGCAAAGGCUCCAGAGCUGCACAUGGAGAUUCAUAAGCAUGGAAUCAGUCAACAGGCUCUGGGUGGAGGGUCUUCUGCUUCUUCCAAUGCAAAGGUGUAUCUGGAGCAAUUGAAAGUUCAUGUUUCACUUGCUGCUGCUAAUGUGGAAGAGAAUUCGGAAGUGGUUUGCAGCCAUGAGGUGGAUGUUAAGUUUCAUACUCCUAACCUAAGAAUUUUCAGUCGAGAUAUCUCAGAAAAACAGACCAAGAUUAUUAUAGAUUGUGUAAGGGCAUUGCUUUUGCUACUUGUGGUCCUCUGCAAAUUCAUGGCAUAAGUUGGAUGGCUCAAUGGUAAUCAAGGUCGGUGAAGAGAGUGAUUUUGAGUUUCAUUGUUAUGAGUUGGAAUAUGUUUCCUAAGAGAUCUCACUUCUCAAAGAGGAUGAAUAUGAGAAAUGGCAAAGAAAUGAAACGAAAUUGGAAUUGAAAAUCUCGUUGUAGGGAGAAGGUAUAAUGGGUGAUUGUUCUAAGAGAAUAUUUGUAGAGCAUUUCCUGCACAUCCAUGUUUCAAUUUGAAGGGAGAUCAGCUGACAUAAAAGGCUGUGGCAAUUCAGUAACAUUUCCUGCACAUCCAUGUUUCAAAUUUGAAGGGAAAUCAGCUAAGAAAAAAGGCUAUGGCAAUUCAGUAACAUUUCCUGCACAUCCAUGUUCCAAUUUGAUGGGGAAUCAGCUGAGAUAAAAGGCUGUGGCAAUUCAGUUUUAGAAUUCAAGUGCAGCUCCUAGCUUAGCAUUCCACAGAUAUUUUAUUCAUAGAUUUUUUUUUUUUUUGCAUUCAUUCUCGAGGACAAGAAUGAUCUCAGGGAAUGGGGAAUUUAUAAUAAUUAUAAGAGAAUAGGAGCUUUGAGAAUAUAGGAUAAUAUGUUGUAUUAAUAGGGAGUAUUGUAACUGAUGUGUAGUCCAGAAUUCAAUAAUAAAAGAAUUCCUUCUCUCUCUA